CGUGCAGCUGAAGCAAUGUACCCUAAAUCUGAGCAAGAGCUGAUUUCAAUUGUGGCAAAUGCAACGUCAUUACAGAGAAAAAUGAAGGUUGCAACCACAACAUCGCAUAGUAUUCCUAAGCUCAUGUGUCCAGGCGGUGAAAAUGGGAUUAUCAUUAGCACCAAGUACCUGAAUAGAACAGUAAAUGUUGACAAAUCAGCCAUGACUAUCACAGUUGAGCCUGGGGUGACCCUAAGGCAGCUGAUCAAUGCCAGUGCUGCUGCGGGGCUUGCUCUACCUUAUGCUCCAUAUUGGUGGGGUUUAACUGUUGGUGGAAUGUUGGGCACGGGUGCACAUGGAAGCACAUUAUGGGGCUUGGGGAGUGCUGUUCAUGAUUAUGUGAUUCAGCUCAGGAUUGUUACGCCUGCUGGCCCUGAUGAGGGUUAUGCAAAAGUUCGAAAGCUGAGAAAUGGUGAUCCUGAGCUUAAUGCUGCUAGAGUCUCGCUUGGAGUUCUUGGAGUUAUCUCACAGGUGACUCUACAACUGCAACCGUUAUUCAAGAGAUCAAUCACAUAUGUUCAGAAAAAUGAUUCAGACUUUGGAGAUCAAGCCUCCACCUUCGGCAGACAGCAUGAGUUUGCAGAUUUCACAUGGUACCCAAGCCAACACAAGGUAGUUUAUCGGAUUGAUGAUCGAGUCCCCUCCAACACCACCGGAAAUGGUCUUUAUGAUUUUAUGGGAUUUCGAUCUACACCUUCACUCUUUCUAGCACUAAUAAGAACAGCAGAGGAGACUCAAGAAUCCAUACGUGAUGCUGUUGGGAAAUGCAUAAAUGGAGGCAUAACCACAUCUAUAUUGACAAACGCUGCAUAUGGAUUGACAAACGACGGUUCAAUGUUUAAGGGCUAUCCUGUCGUAGGGUACAACAAUCGCCUCCAAUCAUCUGGUUCCUGUCUUGAUAGCCCACAGGAUGGAUUAAUAACUGCCUGCCCUUGGGAUCCUAGAGUUAAGGGUCUAUAUUAUUUCCAAAAUGGAUUUAGCAUUGGCUUAUCAAAAGUCAAAGAUUUCAUACAAGAUGUGCAAAAGCUGGCUGCUUUGCAGCCUCGAGCGUUGUGUGGUGUAGAUCUUUACGAUGGUUUCCUCAUAAGAUAUGUUACAGCUUCAAGUGCUUAUUUGGGAAAGCAAGAAGACGCUCUGGACUUUGAUAUAACAUACUAUAGAAGCAAGGAUCCAAUGGCCCCAAGACUGUAUGAAGACAUCCUUGAAGAAAUAGAGCAAAUGGCAGUGAUUAAAUAUGGAGGGCUACCACACUGGGGCAAAAAUAGGAAUUUGGCGUUUGUUGGGGCAAUUAACAAGUACCAAAAUGCUACCGAAUUUUUGAAGGUCAAACAAUUGUAUGAUCCUUUAGGGCUGUUUUCUAAUGAGUGGACAGACCAAAUUCUUGGAAUAAAAGAUGGGAUUACUAUUAUGAAGGAUGGUUGUGCUUUAGAAGGAUUAUGCAUAUGCUCACAAGAUAGCCAUUGUGCCCCACAGAAAGGUUACUUUUGUCGACCCGGAAAAGUUUACAUCGAUGCAAGGGUUUGUACUCGUUUAUCAUCAUAA